UGACAACAUCAAUACGCAACGCAUUCUCUUUCUUCUUGCUCUCUGCUAAAGAUUUUUUGACAUUGCUUGUCUCCGGGUCUGGACCGUUUCCAAGAAGAUCGUCCACCUCAGCCGUAGUCAUCUUAGUCAGGUCAUAACGAACAGCUUUAACCAUACAAGAAGACAAGGAUUGGACGAGCACUUUCGCCUUUGGGCCGCAAGAGACCGUUACAACAAGAACAUCGAACAAGAUGUGUGCCUCGGAUACAGGUGCUGACUGCUGACAGGUGCUGAAUUGGUUGUGCCUAGGCCUUCAUUUGCUUUACAUCAAACUCCCUCUCAGAUGAAAUGUCCAAAAGAAAAAGGAGUGCCAGUGGUUCAUCGGAAAGUAUUCUUGAUGAAAAUGAUAUAAGCCUGCUGAAUGAGUCAUUUGAAGAUGAUAUUCACAAUCAAACAAAUGAAGGCAUGUUUUAAAAUGUAAGAAUAUAACUGCUUGUUGCCAUGAACUUAAAAAGGUAUUUAAUUCAUGUGUUUGUUUCAGGUUCAGAUGUUUUGAGUGACGAUAGUAGUAGUGAUGUCGAGCCUGCUGGGACAGACUCAGAGAACAGCGUGAGAAGCUCUGCAACUGAUGGUGUUAGUGAAAAUGAUAAUGACACUGCCUCAGAUAGCGAUACCAAAUGUCUUCAAAGACAGGACAGCAAUAUACUGCCUCCCAGUCAAAGCUUUAUUUUUUCUGAUGGAGAAACCUCACAAUCUGUUCCUACCGUAGAAGAAGACACUAAGGAAAAUGAUUUUGCCUGUCAAGCUGAGGACGACUGUAUUCUUUGGAAUGAUGAAGAUGAAGAUGUCAUUACUUCUAACAUUUGGAAAAAUUGUGAUGAUGACCAGCUUUCAGAUGAUGACUGUCAAGAGUGCAAAUUUUCAUAUGAAGAUGAUAAUCCUAUUUAUAAAGGAGCACCUUUGAAAGUUAGUGAGAGCAUGACAGCCAUCUUAACUUAUAUUACAAAACAUGAGUUAGAUGGACGGGCAAUAGUUGAUUUACUAAACUUGAUCAACCUGCAUUGUAUAGAGGAGGACAACGAGAUGAAAACCUCUCUCUACUUAUUUAAGAAAUACUUUGAAGGAUUGAACAGCCCGGUAAUAUAUCAUUACUUCUGCUCUUGCUGUUUUACAGAACUUUCCAAGAAUAAUCUGAUAUGUCCAAACUUAAAAUUGCACCCUGGAAAUAAAGGUACCAGUAUUUUUGUUGAAGUUCCACUAGAACGGCAGCUUCAAAGGUUGUUUUCUCAGGAAGAAUUUUUUAAAAAUUUAUCAUACAAAAAUAAUAGAAAAAAAAUUAAUGAAAAUAAUCUGGAAGACAUCUAUGAUGGACAGCUUUAUAAGGAACUUGUGCAGGAAGGAUUUUUAAAUGCAUCAAAUCCUUUGAAUUUCUCAAUGAUGCUCAAUGCUGAUGGCGUGCCUGUUUUUAAAUCUUCUAAAAAAUCAUUAUGGCCCUUCUUCUUCAGCAUCCUAGAACUUCCUCCCCACUUACGUUUCAAGAAAGAGUUCACUUUGAUUGGAGGCCUUUGGUUUGGGGGCAAACCAAUGGUAAAUAUUAUACUUGGUAAAUUGCUACCAUCUUUGAAAACAAUUCGGACAGGUUUUAAAGUUCAACCAUUUGGUACCAACAAAACAGAAAUUGCUAAGGGUGUAGUCCUUGCAGCUACAGCAGAUUUGCCUGCAAAAGCCAUGCUUCUCGGAAUGCAAGGACAUUCAGGUGCCUUCAGUUGUCAUGUCUGUAAGAUCAAAGGUGAAAGUGUGAAAAUUGAAAAACCAAAGAAGAAAGGCAAGAAAGGAAAGACAAAAAAAGGAGCACAAGCAGCAGAUGGAGAAAACUUGGAAGAAAAACAAAGUAAAGAAAGUUCUGUAUGGGUCUUCCGUUAUGAAAAAGAAAGAGAUCUAAGGCGACAUAAGGAAACUGUAGACCAUGGUAAAGAGGUUCAAGAUAUAAUAAAUAAGACAGGUAAUGAAAAAUCUCAUGUACUAGGUGUAAAGUUUCCGAGUGUCCUCUUCAAGAUUAUGUAUGACACAAUUAGAGGAUUUGGGAUUGAUGAUCUACAUACCAUCUACUUGGGCAAUAUCAAAACUCUUGUUAAAUUAUGGUUUGACUCUAAUACAGCGGUGAACCAUUUUCAAUUAGGAAAUAUUUACCGGUUGUUGAUAGUCGAUUGGCUGCUAUUAAACCUCCUAAUUUUUUGGAGCGCGGUAUCCGAGGUAUUGAUGAAGAAUUUUCCUACUGGAAUGGAAAUGAAUGCAAGACUUGGGCCCAUUUCACUUCCAUUCCUAUUUUGA